AUGGCCCCACCUGAAGCUCACCACCAGGCGGACCCUGAGCUCAAUGAGACCCUGCACGACGAUUCUGCUCCGAUCCUGACCGAACGUACACCCCUUAUUCACAACUUGAAGGACCAUGAUGGUGACCAUGCAGAACUUUCCGUUACCGUUCUCAAAACUGAAGCCAAGACGCUAGUGUCUUUGGCAUGGCCGGUAUCGUUAGCAUACGUGCUCCAAGUUUCUCUCAAUUUGGCCCAAAUAUUUUCGGUGGGGCAUAUCGGCACCAAGGAGCUCGCUGCGUCCGCUCUCGCGACGAUGCUCUGUAACGUAACCGGGUAUUCCAUUGGUAUGGGAAUGGCGUCAGCGCUGGACACAUUGUGUUCGCAGGCACAUACUGGAAGCAAGGACCCGCAUGCUCUCGGCAAGCACAUGCAGAGAGGUAUUGUCGUCAUGGCCGCCAUGAGCUUGCCGAUUGGCAUCUUGUGGUGGUUUGCGGCAGAUUUUUUAAGGUUAAUGGGACAGCAGGAGGACAUUGCGCAAUUGAGUGGAACCUUUGCAAGGUAUGCCUUGAUUGGAUUGUUUCCAAUGUUGGUGAACGAGUGCAUGAAGAGGUAUUUGCAGGCGCAAGGCAUCAUGAAGGCAACUUUAGCUGUUAUCAUGAUCGCUUCCCCUCUUAAUGCCUUCCUCCAAUAUCUACUUGUAUGGUCACCCAUUGGCUUUGGAGUCAUUGGCGCCCCUAUCGCAACGUCAAUCACCUACUGGUGUCUCCCAGUUUUGACUGGUCUCUACAUCAAAUUUGUGGCUGGCGGUGAAUCAUGGGGAGGCUGGGAAUGGAAAGAAGCACUCGAUUUAUCACAGAUCUGGGAAUUCUUGAAACUCGGGCUACCUUGUGUUGCCAUGACGUGCAGCGAGUGGUGGGCUUUUGAAAUUAUAGCGCUUGCUGCAGGGUGGAUUGGCGACAAGGAACUGGCCGCCCAAACAAUAGUCUUGAAUACGUGUAGUUUGACGUAUGUUAUCCCUCUGGGAAUUAGCAUUGCCGCGUCUACACGCAUUGGGAACGCCCUUGGUGCCUAUUGUCCCCGGACAGCGCGAGCAGCUGCAGUAGCGUGCAUCCUCCUCGCCCUCUGCGUUGCAACCGUCAAUUCGUCCGUACUCAUCAGCGUCCGGCAUGCCUGGGGCUGGCUCUGGAGCGCAGAUGAAGAGGUCGUUAGGCUGGUAGCUACGGUCCUCCCACUUGCAGCCAUCUUCCAACUUAGCGAUGCGGUAGGUGCCGGAGUGGGCGGUAUCUUGCGUGGUUGCGGGCGGCCGGAUCUUGGCGCAUACAUUAAUUUGGCUGGAUACUACGUAGUUGGCCUUCCCAUUGGCCUAAUAGCAACCUUCAAAUACAACAUGGACAUUGCCGGUCUUUGGAUGGGUUUAACCAUCGGCCUGUUCCUCGUAUCCCUUACAACGCUUAUUAUUGUUUAUCGCUUGAAUUGGACCGGGGAAGCGGAUCGCGCACGUACGAGGAUUAUGAAGGUCGAUCAGGGGUAUGGUGCUCUUCUGCCUGGUGAUGUCCUGGUUGAUGAAGCAACUACGAGGGAUGAUGAUGGUUAUUUGAGCGCCUAG